UUAUCCAUUUUUCCUGAGUUGAGAAUCACAAUAGAAAAACGGCACUGCGUUUUAUUCUUUCUCUCUCUGUACGUGGUUAACAAAACACAAGCUCUGAGAUCCGAUCCCAAUCCCAAUCGUAUAGUUUCGCAACACGAACGAACACAAUCAUCACCAUGUCUGCAUCUGCAGCAAUCAUUGCGGCUCAUUCCAGUUCUUGGGCUGCAGCUCUCGUUAAGAUCUCUCCUUACACCUUUUCCGCUAUCGGUAUCGCCAUCUCAAUUGGCGUCUCCGUUCUCGGCGCUGCUUGGGGAAUUUACAUUACCGGUAGUAGUUUGAUCGGUGCUGCAAUUAAGGCUCCCCGAAUCACUUCCAAAAAUCUCAUUAGUGUAAUCUUCUGUGAAGCUGUUGCUAUAUAUGGUGUUAUUGUAGCUAUUAUCCUGCAGACAAAAUUAGAAGCCGUUCCAAAAGCAAGUAUCUACGCACCCGAAUCUAUGAGAGCUGGAUAUGCAAUCUUUGCUUCUGGAAUCAUCGUUGGCUUCGCAAAUCUCGUUUGUGGGUUGUGUGUAGGAAUAAUUGGAAGCAGCUGCGCAUUGUCUGAUGCUCAAAACUCAACUCUCUUUGUGAAAAUUCUUGUGAUUGAGAUCUUCGGUAGUGCGCUUGGCCUAUUCGGAGUUAUUGUUGGAAUUAUUAUGUCAGCUCAAGCAACAUGGCCCUCAAAAGUUUAGUUUGCCUUGUAUCAGUGUGCAGGAAUGCAAUUAAGGUCGAAAGCACUAUGUUUUGUAAACUGUUAGCGAUUAAACAUUCUUCUCUGCUUGUCCCUUUUGGCAGGAAUGUAAAAACCAGCAUGAUAGCUUGCGUCUAUUACAACUGUAGGCUGUAUUAUUUACCAAUGAGUUGUUAUAGAAGGGCCUCUGUAUCAUCAGAUAUAUGAUCAGUUUGGUGAUUGGAUUUAGUUGUGUUUAUUCAUUUAUAAAUAAAAAAUGUGAAUUUAUUUGGGCUCGGCAAUAAAAGUCAAGACUUCAGAGAUGUACUAAUGAAGUUCAUUUCUUUUGAGUAA